GCGGCCGCGGAGGAAGAAUGGAACCUGCCCCCGGCGGCUUCUCCGACCAGCAGUUCCGGGAGGCCUGCGCCCAACUCCAAGGGCCCGCGCUGGCCGGGGCCGACUGGCAGCUGCUGGUGGAGACCUUGGGCAUCAGCAUCUACCGGCUGCUGGACCAGCAGAGCGGCCUUUAUGAGUAUAAAGUCUUUGGCGUCCUGGAGGACUGCCCACCAGCUCUGCUAGCAGAUGUCUAUAUGGACUUAGGCUACAGAAAGCAGUGGGACCAAUAUGUCAAAGAACUGUACGAGAAGGACUGCGGGGAUGGAGAGACGGUGAUCUACUGGGAAGUGAAGUACCCCUUUCCCAUGUCCAACAGGGAUUACGUCUAUGUCCGGGAGCGGCGAGAGCUGGAAGUCGAGGGGCAGAAGGUCCUUGUGGUCCUGGCCCGGAGCACCGCCACGCCUCAGUGUGCUGAGAAGUCAAACGUGAUCCGGGUGAAGCAGUACAAGCAGAGCCUGGCCAUCCAGAGCGACGGCAAGAAGGGGAGCAAAGUGUUCAUGUAUUACUUCGAUAACCCGGGUGGCCAGAUCCCAUCUUGGCUCAUCAACUGGGCUGCCAAGAACGGAGUUCCUAACUUCCUGAAGGACUUGGCGAAAGCCUGCCACAACUACUUCAAGAAAGCCUAAGGACAGGACAUUGGGGAGCCAGGUGUCCACGGAAGGAUGUCUCCGCCCAUGCCACGGCCUGCUGCUGUCUGGCUCUCCAAUGGACUUCAGAGGCCUGCGAGCUGGACAUGCGAUCCUGGACCGAGCUCGCUUAGGGGGCGGGCACCUGGCUUGCCUUCCACUUCCUUUCCCACUAUCCCCACCCCAGGGCUGUUAGUGAACCAGGGCAGGAUCAGGGAGACCUUUGCUUGUUUAUUUUAAAAAGGGGAAGUCCUCAGGAGGGAGCACAGUCAUUCCAUUGUGCGGUCCUGCAG